AUGUCGAGGCCAACGACCUCUCUGAAACAAUGGCUGCAUCUACGACAAACAUUAUCCGCGCAAAUACCAUCAACGAUCAGCCCACGUGCGCGCAAUCUCGCCGUCUCCGCCGUCAAUGCCUCCCGUUCCACGACGAGCAGUAGUGAUGCAGUCACAGUCACGUCGACACGCUCCUUUCACAGCACCCGAGCUCGACAAGCUGCUGCUCCGAGACCUCGCAAAGCACCGGGGACUAUGGUCAGACGGAGACAAGCAGAGCGGGAUGGACAAAUGGAGCAGAGAAUCGGUGUAAAUGGACAGCUUUUUUUGAAGUCUAGUGUGCAAAACCGAACGAAGAAGAGUAUGGGCGAAUGUCUGGAAUUGCAUGAAAAGGUCGCGGGAACGCUUUACGAUGCUGCCGUCGCAGACGGGGAGCUGCCGCGGGAAAUCAGCUUUAAGACAUAUAACGAUAUCGGAGUGAAAUUGAUCACUGCUGCGUUUGAGAAUGAGGUCUCUGCGGCUGCUGUUCGGGCUAUAUCAGUUGAUGUUGACGCCGUCUUCCGCAUUGGCCACAUCGUCGCCCUGCCACUGGAAGAACCAAUGAUCGCUGAAUGGAUUCUUUCUUCGUGCGCUAGAGCUAAAGCACGGCUCCCACUAGUCAUCGUGGUUAACCGAGCUAUCUCAGGACAGAACGUUGUACCAGCCCGCACCCAGUGGACGGACGAUAUCGAAGAGCUAGCACGAACAGAAUAUCCGCCUGCAAUGCUUCUGCACGCACAGAUCCAAGGUCGUCGCGGCAAGUACGAAUCUGCCUUCAGACAAUUCGAGAACAGGAUACUUCCCCGCGUCUCGCCGACACGCAAGCGACCGAAUAUGUUCUCCAGCAUUCAAAUAGGAGAUAAACUGGACUCGCCUUACCGAACAUAUGCGCUGCUCCGCGCCGCGCAUGACCAGCAAUUCGAUUCGGCAGAAAGUCGACAGAAAGCAGAUGAGGCGAUUCGAAUCGCGGCUAUGGAAUUCAAUGACCCCGAAGCUUUGACGGAGUAUGCGUCUGUUAUGAUGAACGAGGGUAAUCUGGACAUGUACGAGGAAUACAUGUGCAAAGCUGCAACAGCAGGCCAUGGCAUUGCUUCAUUCUACCUCGGAAAUUUCUAUUACUUAACUUUCCUCGGCAAAUACAAGACUCGCGGGGAGAGGGAGUCUAAUCAAAAUAGGUGGCCGCCGGCUUGGAUGGCGCGGCUUACGGGCCUGAAUGACCCUGCAAAGUCUUCUUCGCCUGUGAACAAGUCGAUGAAAUACAUUGCCUCUUUUCUGAAUCGGUCCAUGCCGCAGAAGGCGUAUCAUCAGCUCGCUUCGAAUUGGUAUGAUGUUGCUCUGGCUCAGGGUUAUAGACCUGCUUGUUUUAUGGUGGCGCUUCUUGGGCGUGAAGUUGCUCAGUCGGAGGCGGAGUUGGAGGAUGCGGGUAUUUUCUUUGAGAUGGCUAGAUUGGACGAGAAUGAGGAGUUGAAGAAGACCAUAGCCGAGUUGGAGAAGAACUGGUUCAAUCGUGAUUUUGAACCUACUGUGCCGAAGAAGUUCAUGGCUGUACGAUAG